AUGAUUCUUCUUUCAGUGCUGGGGAUUUUUCUGUUGCUGGAAGUUUCAGGCUUCUUUCCCAUUUUUUCCAGCCCUUCUCCAAUCCAUUGCCGCUGGAGUUCUUUUGGCCCUUGGUCUGAGUGCAAUGGCUGUACUCAAAACCAGAUUAGGAGACGGACAGUGGCAGUUUAUGGCCAGUAUGGAGGAAACCCCUGCUCUGGGGAUAGCUUUGAAACAAGACCCUGCACCCCCACAAGGGGAUGCCCAACAGAAGAUGGCUGUGGUGAUCGGUUCAGGUGCUUCUCAGGUCAGUGCAUUAGCAGAUCUCUAGUGUGCAAUGGAGAUCAGGACUGUGAGGAGGACGGUGCAGAUGAAGAUCGAUGUGAAGAGAGGAAAACUGUAUGUGAUAUUGACAAAACACCUCUGAAUUCAGAACUUACCGGAGCAGGCUUUGAUAUUAUUACUGGUGAGACUAAGGGAAGAGUCAUUCAUACAAAAAGCUUUGGAGGGCAAUGCAGAAAGGUCUUUAGUGGUGAUAGGAGAGAAUACUACAGGCUGAGUGAAAGUGUUCUCGCUUAUAAUUUUCAGGUUAAAGUUCAGAAUGAUUUCAGUUAUGAGUUUUUCAACAGCACCUGGUCUUAUAUGAAACAUGUAGAGCAGUAUGAAAAUUCAAACAGAUACAAACAGACACAGAAUAAAAAUCUGCAAAAGAGUAAGCAGCUGAUGGUUGUUGAGAACAGUGUGGAAGUUGCUCAGUUUAUUAACAACCGCCCAGACCUUCUCACUCUUGCGGAGCCUUUCUGGAAGGAACUGUUCAACCUUCCAGUUGUCUACGAGUACGGUGUCUACCGAAGACUCAUUGAACAUUUUGGGACACACUUCUUACACUCUGGGUCUCUAGGAGGACAUUACAAAGUUAUUUUUUAUAUGGAUACUGACAAAAUGAAAGCAGAAGGUGUCAGCACAACAGACCUGUGGAAGUGUACCUCAUCAGGGUGGAAUGCAUUCAUUGUGAAAAAGAAGAAGAAGGAAUGCACCAAACUGGAUGAACUGCUACUGACUUCUUCAGGAAGCAGUGGCAAUAAAAUUAAAGGAGACCCAUAUAUAGAAGGAGGAAGCCCAGGUGCUGUUGCUGGCCUCAGUUAUCUAGACCUGGAUAAUCCUGCUGGGAAUAGUCAGAUGUACACCUUGUGGGCUGCAUCAGUGACAGACUAUCCCAGAGUAAUUAAAAAAAAGCUAACACCAUUAUAUGAGCUGGUAAAGGAAGUGCCCUGUGCCUCAGUCAAAAAGCAUUACCUAAAACAAGCCAUUGAAGAAUAUAUGGCUGAAAAUGAUCCCUGCAAAUGUCAGCCUUGCCAGAAUGGUGGUGAGGCAGCUGUGGAAGGAACACAGUGUGUGUGUUACUGCAAGCCCUACACCUUUGGAGCAGCUUGUGAGCUGGGAACUCUCGUGCAAGAUCAGCCAGGUGCUGUUGAUGGACAAUGGAGCUGCUGGUCUUCCUGGAGUCCUUGUUCAGGGGGAAGGAAAUCAAGGAGUCGAACCUGUAACAACCCCUCCCCACGAGGUGGUGGGAAGGCCUGCAUGGGAGAGCAGCAUGAAAGCAAAGCAUGCCAAGAUGAAGAGUUGCAGCAUCUUCGCUUGAUUGAACCACACUGCUUUGAUUUAUCCAUAAAUCCUACAGAAUUUUGUUCAACUCCUCCCCUCUUAGAAAAUGGAUUUGUUCAAAAUGCUGAAAACUCAUACCCUGUUGGGAAAAACAUUGUUUAUGCAUGCAAACAUGGAUACUCUCUUGUUGGUGAUCCUGUUGCUAAGUGUCGCAGUAAUUUACAGUGGCAAGUUGGAGAGAGAUAUUGCCAGGAAACUGCUUGUCUCCUACCUGACCUGGAGGGGGGUUUGCAAGGAGAGCCAUGGAAACCUGUGUACGAGAUUGGUGAGAGAAUAACUCUGUCUUGUCCACAUGGCAUGCACUUGGAAGGGGCACAGUCCAUUUUGUGUGAGCCCAGCCUCAAAUGGUCUCCCGAUGUGAAUACUGUCCAGUGCAAGAGACCAGUGCACAGUGUGAAAACAGAAGUGACAGAGCCUAAAUGUCAGCCAUGGGAGAAAGUAUAUCAGUCACAAUGUGUGUGCAAAAUGCCCUAUGAGUGUGGUCCUUCCCUGGAUACCUGUGCUACAGAUCAAAGAACCAAGAGAAACACACCUUUAACUGUUUGCAAGAUGCAUGCCUUGGAGUGCAUGGGCAGAAAAUACUCUCUAACUAAUUCAGAAAACUGCAAAGUACCCCAGGCAGCUGAAAUACCAUGUGGAUCGUGCCGCUCGUGGGAAAAAUGCAAUGUGCCAUCCAACAUCUGUGUUUGUGAUGAAGAUGGGCUGUGUGAGGAGGGAGGUGCCCAGGUCUGUGCUGAAGUGAGUGGCUCUGCUGCCCGUCGGACCAUGACCGAAUGUGAGGUUGGGCUGCUCAGAUGCCGGGGGGAGACUGUCACCCUUGUCAGCAUAAGGCCCUGUGACACACAGAGCAAAUAAGAUAUGUUACGUUUUAUUUUGCUUAUUGCU